AUGGCCGGGCGAGUUAGUGGCCAGUGGCUCCCCGGCCCCCCGCCACCUCCCCGGCUCUGCCCGCACCGGCUCCCCAGCGAAGGGGAGGGGGCGGAGAACUGGGGCGGGGCGAGGAGCCCCGGGAAGGAUCCGCGUAGUUUCCCCGAGAGGAAAUCUCCGCCACCGCCGCGGCGCGGGAGGAAACGAGGGGGGCCGAAGGGAAAGUGUAGUCCCGCGAGCCCCGCGGCUGCGGGGGGGCUGGUCCCUGGCACGAUGCCUGCCGCGGAGGGUGCCCCCAACAGCGCGCCGAGGACUGCGCAACUAGAGCGCCUUUCACGCCCGGUCCCCGCCCCUGAGCCGGCCUGGCACCCCUGGCCCGGCCCGCGCUGGCUUGGUGCCAGCCUCGCCCUGGCCGCGGGAGCAGCGCGGCCGGUGCCCGUGACGCACUUUGGAGCCAGCGCCGCGCGCAACCCGGUCCGGCCUUGCCAGCUUCAGGCCCCACCCCCGUCCCUCCUUCCAGGCCUAUUUGGAAAGGUGCCCGUGUGCUGCGUGGCCGAACCCCAGCCCUCGCCUCCCCUCUCACCUGCGCCGCCCAGGUAAGAAGCCGUCAGACUGUCCACAAAGAAGGGCAGAAGCCCUUCUGGGAAGAAGACAUAAACCGCCAUUUGUCUGCCGCAAAGAAACCAACCUUUCAG